GUGUCAUGUGUCACAAAACUGUAAAUAAACACGAGUUAACCAACCCACCACGGCGAGAGCAGUAGGGGAAAUUGGGUCCAAAAAUGUCGGUUCAACCACCAGAAGAAGACCAACCAAUACACAAGAAAUUGUUCAUUCAAUAUCUGAGACUUUUACGAACUUAUCCAAUAGCUACAAAGUCAAUUACGAGUGGAACGGUAUCAUCAUGUGCCAACAUCCUGGCACAGAAGUUGAUGGGUGGUUGGGACGCACCGAUAGCAUGGAGGACAAUAGGUGCAUUUGCUGCCACAGGUGUCUUCUACACAGGACCUGUAACACAUCAUUUCUACCGAUGGCUUGAGCGAAUGGUACCAGGCAAAGACCAAGGCUCUAAGGUCAUGAAAGUGAUUGUAGACAGAUUUGUCGUGGCUCCACCAUUCCUGUUGGGUUACUUCUAUCUGAUUACAAUGUUUGAGGGCAAAGGUCAUAAAGCAUCAGUGGACAUUAUCAAACACUCUUACUGGACAGCUCUUAAGAUGAACUGGAGAGUCUGGACCAUUCUCCAAUACGUCAAUAUAAACUAUGUCCCACUUCAGUAUCGAGUGCUUUUCGCCAGUGCCGUUGCUUUCCUCUGGACAAUAUACCUGGCCAUAGUGCGGAGCAGAUAACUUUACUAAAAAAUAUAUUCAUUUUUUUGUAUUAAUUUUUGAAGAAAUUAUUCUAAUAAUGCGAUUGUAAGUCUAUGGUUCCUAAGUUUUGUUAUAAAUUGAUGGUCCAGGCAUGUAUGCUUCGUUUUUGAAAGGGUAAGGUCACCAAGGCAUUUUCGUC